AUGUCCAUAAGGAUUAGAAUUCAUGUAAUUGGAGGAGAAAACUUUGUAGUUAAAGCCUCAGCCAGUAUGAUAUUUUUUGAGCUCUAUUACAAUAUACAAGCUGCCCUUUCCCUGACUAAUGAUCUCAAAAUCCUCACUAAUCUCAAAAAUGCAACCUACCUCAAUUUCAACCUUGAUGGCGAAAAAUCUCUCUUUGAUUUAAAAUCAUGAACAGCAGCUGCUUAG